AUUUUUUAAUAAAAUGUUAUUAAUAAAGCUGGGUACUUUUUAAGCUUUUAAAGAUUAUUUCUAUUGAAAGAAAAAGAAACCAUGCCAAGAGAAAUUAUAACUUUACAAGUUGGACAAUGCGGAAAUCAAAUUGGAAUGGAGUUUUGGAAGCAGCUUUGUGCUGAACAUGGAAUAAGUCCAGAGGGAAUGUUAGAGGAUUUUGCUACUGAUGGUACUGAUCGCAAAGAUGUUUUUUUCUAUCAAGCAGAUGAUGAGCAUUAUAUACCAAGGUCUGUGUUGCUUGAUCUUGAACCCAGAGUAAUUGAUUCUAUUAUGCAAUCGCCAUAUGCUAACUUGUAUAACCCUGAGAAUAUUUACACUUCAAAAGAUGGAGGUGGAGCAGGAAAUAAUUGGGGAAGUGGUUAUGCUCAGGCAGAAUCUUUACACGAAGAAUUGUUUGAUAUUAUUGAUAGAGAAGCUGAUGGUAGUGACAGUUUAGAGGGUUUUGUACUUUGCCAUUCGAUUGCUGGUGGAACAGGAUCAGGAAUGGGAUCGUAUAUGUUGGACACUAUUAAUGAUAGGUAUCCAAAAAAAUUGAUUCAAACGUAUUCAGUUUUUCCCCAACAGGAAGAUGUCAGCGACGUUGUUGUUCAGCCUUACAACUCCAUGUUAACUUUAAAAAGGUUGACACAAAAUGCUGACUGUGUUGUUGUUUUGGAUAAUACUGCAUUAAAUCGUAUAGCAGCUGAUCGUUUGCAUAUCCCUAACCCAACAUUUUCACAAGUCAAUCAGUUAGUUUCAACAAUUAUGGCUACAAGUACCACCACCCUUCGCUACCCAGGUUAUAUGAACAAUGAUUUGAUUGGUUUGAUCGCUUCAUUGAUUCCAACUUCAAGAUUACAUUUUUUAAUGACAGGUUACACCCCAUUGACAACUGAUCAAAAGACAACAAGCGUUAGAAAGACCACUGUACUAGAUGUCAUGAGAAGAUUACUUCAACCUAAGAAUAUGAUGGUAGCUACACCACGAGAUCGUAAACGAAGUCAUUGCUAUAUAUCAAUUCUGAAUAUCAUUCAAGGUGAAGUUGAUCCAACACAGGUACACAAGAGUCUUCAGCGUAUAAGAGAGAGAAAGUUAGCAGAGUUCAUUCCCUGGGGACCUGCAAGUAUUCAGGUUGCAUUAAGUCGAAAAUCUCCAUACGUACAAACUGCUCAUCGUGUUAGCGGGCUUAUGUUAGCUAAUCAUACAAGUAUUUCUUCUGUUUUUGAAAAGAACUGUCGUCUUUAUGACAAACUUCGUAAAAGAGGUGCUUUUCUUGAACAAUAUAAAAAAGUAGACAUGUUUAAGGAAAAUCUUGAUGAACUAGACGAUGCCAGAAAUGUUGUCCAACAACUAAUUGAUGAAUAUCAUGCAGCAACAAAAGCAGACUACAUUACAUGGGGUACUCAGACUCAGGUUGAAGAAACACAAAAAGAUAGGAAAUAAAAAAAUACGGUUUUUUCAAUGGGUCGUGAUCCGUCAGAGUUUAUUACAAUGGGCUGUGAUUCAUCAGAGUUUAUUACAAUGGGCUGUAUUCAUCAGAGUUUAUUACAAUGAGCUGUGAUUUGUUAAGCAAUAAGGGAAAUUCACCUUUUCUAAUGCAAGGCAUUACUAUUCGAAGCUGUUCAAAACAUUUAAGUUUAUUUAUAUAUUAUUUUUGUUGCAUAUGUAUAUAAAUUUUAUGGCUAGCAUCAUUCAGUUUUUAAUAAAGUUUUCUUUACGUAUUCAUUUACGUAUCCAUA